GCUUUCAGACAGGGAUAGAUAUAUUCGGGAAGAAAAUAACACAUAAGGGUGUGUGGGCGACACAGGAGAAGGGGACAGAAUGAUUCUGGAUGCCACAUCUGGUGGAACAAGAGUCUAUUAAGUCCUUGUGUUAAGCAUGUGCAAUACAGAGAAAGGGUAAAACACACUCUCUGUUUUCCACAGCAGCAGCAACAAGACGGGCCAUCAAAGCAAGUGGGUUGACUCAUGAGCUGUCUGGGUUAUGGGGAAACAUCCCUGGGAUAACGAUGACAUAAAAAUGUGAAUCGCACCAGAAGUCUAUCCGCCUUGAAUGUCGAGAAUAAAAACAGCCCCUGCUAGCUGAGAUGGUUGGGGGCGGGGGGAGUUUGGUUGGAUGUGUUUACCCUUUUGCAAGGUCUCUGCAUCCUGGCUGAGACCUUAAGCCUGUGUUUGUUCAUUGCACAAGGACUCAGGAUCCGCUUCUCUCCCAGAGGCAUUUAAAACAUGCCAAGCUGCUGUUGCAUCAAAAACAAGCCUGUGCGUUCAGCAAACAGCAGCUGGGGAGCAGAGCCGCCGCGCUCACCCAGAGGGGAGCCUCGACCCGCUGGAACGGCAGCCAUGGACAUUGAGAAGGUCAACUCCAUGGACUUCGGAGAAUUUGUGGACGUGUUUGGGAAUGUCAUCGAGAGAUGUCCUCUGAUCGCAGCGGCUGUUUGGUCCCAGCGCCCCUUCUCUGGCUUGGAAGAUUUAGAGAAGCACUUUUUUGCCUUUAUUGACGCUCUUCCACCGUCAGGCCAAGAGGGCAUCCUGCGCUGCCACCCGGACCUGGCGGGCCGCGAGCUGCUGCGGGGCGCGCUCACCGCCGAGUCGCUGCGGGAGCAGAGCGGCGCGGGCCUGACGAGCCUGGGCGCGGCCGAGCGGCUCCGGCUGGCCGAGCUCAACGCGCAGUACCGCGCGCGCUUCGGCUUCCCCUUCGUGCUCGCCGCGCGCCUCCGCGGCCGCGAGGCCGUGCCCCGCGAGCUGGCGCGCCGCCUGCAGUGCCCGCCGGCGCAGGAGCUGCGCGCCGCCCUGGCCGAGGUGAAGAAGAUCGGCCGCCUGCGCCUCGCCGACCUCCUCGCCGGCCACCCCGCCCCGCGGUAGCGGCCGCGCCAGCCGGGGCCCCGGGACCGGGCCGCGCGGCCGGCCGCGCGCGGGGCGCCUGGAGCGGCGUCCAUGCGGGCGCACAAAGGCGGGGAGAACCGAGCCCUUCUGUCCGCCUCCCCGCUCGCGCGCGCUUUGCCCAGUAGCACCAGGUAGUUGCGCGCUUUGCCGGCGAUUCCCUCCGCUCUCUGCCUCGAUUCUGCACUCCCUUUGCGGCCCGCUGACACCACCAGCCUUUGUGGAUUUCGAAGCGCGUACCCAGCUCCGUUGGGCCUCCCCACCCUCUCCUGCUAAACCUGAACCCGGAACCGCAAGGCCACACAGACGGAAAAGGAAUGCUUUAUUCCCCAGCGGUUUGUCUGCUGCUGCUGCUUCCACCUCGGUUGCUGCACCCGGCGUUUACAUGGGAGCGGAAGCGUCUGCCUCGCUCUGGGACACCGAUGGGAGCCCAGAACGAGGACCGCAAAGCGCCGGGGAAGUGGCUUGGGGUGGGGGGACGGGGGCGGGAGGGUGCAGGAGAGAGCCCCGCGCUGGGCCCCCGCUGGGCCCGCGCUGGGCAGGCGGAGAAGGCUGGGAGGGGGGCUUCUCCAGGUUGACGGGCCUGAAGGUCAGGGCCGGUGGCCUCCCGUCUCUUCUGGAAGUCGGCCCAUGACAGCUGGUUCUUCAGAACCUCAGACUGCCCAUCCGUCAUUAAACGUAAUUUUUAAAAUAA